CUCUUUCUAAUCCCCAGCUAUGGACUUGAAGCCGGUUCUUCCCAUGGUGAUGCAGAGUUCUUGCAACAGCAGCAGCAACAGCAGCCCAGUGGAUUUGCGGAUGGAUUCCCGGCCCAGUGUGCCCACCGUGGACCCAGCUGUCCGGGAGCAGCAGCUGCAGCAGGAACUACUGGCUCUGAAACAGCAACAGCAAUUGCAGAAGCAGCUGCUCUUUGCCGAGUUUCAGAAGCAGCAUGAGCACCUAACACGGCAGCAUGAAGUCCAGUUGCAGAAACACCUCAAGCAGCAGCAGGAGAUGUUGGCAGCAAAGCGUCAACAAGAACUAGAGCAACAGCGUAAACGAGAACAACAGCGGCAAGAAGAGCUGGAGAAGCAGCGUCUGGAGCAGCAGUUACUCAUCUUACGCAACAAGGAGAAGAGCAAAGAAAGUGCCAUUGCAAGCACUGAAGUGAAGCUGAAACUUCAAGAGUUCCUUCUCAGCAAGUCAAAAGAGCCAACUACAGUGGGUGGCUUGAAUCAUUCCCUCCCUCAGCAUCCCAAAUGCUGGGGGGCUCAUCAUACCUCAUUGGACCAGAGUUCCCCUCCCCAAACAGGAAGCCCGGGAACACCAGCCUCUUGCAAACUACCUUUACUCGGCACUUAUGACAGCAGAGAUGACUUUCCACUCCGGAAAACUGCCUCAGAACCCAAUUUGAAAGUGCGCUCACGAUUAAAACAGAAGGUGGCGGAGAGGAGAAGCAGUCCUCUGUUGCGAAGGAAAGAUGGGACGGUCAUCAGCACCUUCAAAAAACGAGCAAUUGAAAUCACAGUGUCUUCAAUGUGCAACAGUGCUCCUGGAUCUGGCCCGAGCUCCCCAAAUAGCUCCAACAGCGCCAUCACAGAAAAUGGGCUUACUGGGUCAGUGCCUAAUAUACAUACUGAGCAGAUGUUGCCCCAGCACCAAGCUGUCACCGUGGAUGGAUCAGCGAGCCAACUCAGCCUAUACACUUCUCCAUCACUGCCCAAUAUCUCCUUAGGACUCCAGGCUACUGUCACAGUGACAAAUUCACACCUCAAUGCCUCCCCAAACCUAACCACACAGCAGGAAGCAGAGCGCCAGACCAUCCAGUCAUUGCGCCAGGGAGGUGCCUUGACAAGCAAGUUCCUCAGCAUGUCGUCUAUUCCCAGUUGCCUUCUGGGGGUGGCCCUUGAAGGAGAGACCAACAAUCACGGGCACGCUUCCUUGCUUCAACACGUCCUGCUUCUGGAACAGGCUCGACAACAGAAUACACUAAUUGCUGUUCCUCUGCACGGCCAAUCCCCUCUAGUGACGGGGGAACGCAUCCCCUCCAACCUGCGCACUGUAAGCAAGUUGCCUCGGCAUCGUCCGCUGAGCCGCACCCAGUCGUCCCCACUGCCUCAGAGCCCCCAAGCAUUGCAACAUUUGGUUGUGCAGCAACAGCACCAACAUUUCCUGGAGAAGCAGAAACAGCAGCAGAUUCAACUGGGAAAGAUAAUCACUAAGACUGGUGAGUUGCCACGGCCACCUACCACCCACCCUGAAGAAACAGAAGAGGAACUAACGGAACAACAAGAGCCUUUGGGCCUUGGUUUGGGCCUGGGCCAGGGGCCUUUUGUGUUGGAUGGGUCAAUAGAAAGUGAGGGAACACAGGAUGGCUUGGAAGAAGAGGAAGAGGAGGAAGAGGAGGAGGACGAGGAGGAUGAGGAAGAGAGGGAAGAGGUAAUCAAAGAGCAAGGCUGUCUCCGAGUGAAAGAUGAAGAUGGAGACAACAGGCUGGAAGAAGAACAGGAGGUUGAGGAGUUGGGAGUGACUUACAGGCAGGUGUUUGCAGAUGCACAUCAACUAAGAUCUCUUCAGCUCUAUCAGACACCCUUGAGCAUCAGCACUGUACCCCAUCAAGCCCUUAGCCGUACCCAGUCUUCACCUGCCAGCACUAGUCUGAAGAACAGUACAACUGAGCCUUUGGUCCGCCACCUUUUCACUACAGGUGUUGUUUAUGACACAUUCAUGCUGAAGCACCAGUGUACAUGUGGAAACACUAAUGUUCACCCAGAACAUGCUGGGAGAAUCCAGAGUAUUUGGUCCAGACUACAGGAGACAGGAUUGCUAAGCAAGUGCGAGAGGAUCCGAGGCCGGAAGGCAACAUUGGAUGAAAUCCAGGCUGUCCAUUCGGAACAUCACACGUUACUAUAUGGAACGAGCCCCUUGAAUAGGCAAAAACUUGACAGCAAGAAAUUACUAGGUCCCCUUACUCAGAAGAUGUAUGCUGUCCUCCCGUGUGGUGGAAUUGGGGUUGACAGUGACACAGUGUGGAAUGAGAUGCACUCAUCCAGUGCCGUCCGCAUGGCUGUUGGCUGCUUACUGGAGCUGGCCUUUAAAGUGGCAUCAGGGGAGCUUAAGAAUGGAUUUGCUGUCAUCCGACCACCAGGUCAUCAUGCAGAAGAGUCUACUGCCAUGGGCUUCUGCUUCUUCAACUCUGUUGCCAUUGCUGCUAAGCUUCUACAACAAAAACUUGCCAUCAGUAAAAUCCUCAUUGUGGAUUGGGAUAUCCAUCAUGGCAAUGGUACCCAGCAGGCAUUUUACAGUGAUCCCAGUGUGCUCUACAUCUCCCUCCAUCGCUAUGACAAUGGCAAUUUCUUCCCAGGCAGUGGAGCUCCUGAAGAGGUUGGCAAUGGGAUGGGUGUAGGUUACAAUGUAAACAUUGCCUGGACUGGUGGAGUGGACCCCCCUAUUGGUGAUGUGGAAUAUCUGACGGCCUUCAGGACUGUGGUGAUGCCUAUAGCCCACGAGUUCUCCCCAGAUAUGGUCCUUGUUUCUGCUGGCUUCGAUGCUGUUGAGGGACACUUGUCCCCGCUGGGUGGAUAUUCCGUCACAGCCAAAUGUUUUGGGCACCUGACCAAACAACUGAUGAAACUGGCAGAUGGACGUGUUGUGCUAGCAUUGGAAGGUGGUCAUGACCUGACUGCCAUCUGUGAUGCCUCUGAAGCCUGUGUCUCUGCCUUGCUCGGCCUUGAGUUGGAACAGCUGGAUCAAGCUCUGUUGCAACAAAAACCCAAUGCAAAUGCCAUAGCCACAUUGGAGAAUGUCAUUGAAAUCCAGAGCAAACACUGGAAUUCAGUGAAAAGUUCUGCAGCAAUUGUCGGCUGCUCUUUGCUGGAGGCACAGAAGGGUGAGGCAGAAGAAGCAGAGACAGUCAAUGCCAUGGCAUCACUGUCAGUGGACACAGAGCAGGGAAAAGCAGACUGUGGUGUCCGACCAGUAGAAGAGCCAAUGGAGGCCGAACCGGUGUUGUGAAGUGCCAAGACUUCAAUUUGUGUAGCUGUCACUCUGUGGGUUUAAUUGGUCAUUUGUGAGUUCGUUAAAACAACAACAAAAUUAUUAUUUUUUAUCUAUUAAAAAGAAAAAAAGGAAAAAAAAAGAGUUGCACUGGACAAAAUGAGCCUCUGUGUGUGUGCGUGAUCGCGUCAGUCUCCUAGCAUUUGUUCUCACCAGCAUCACCAUUUUGUCCUGACUCUUUGGAGAUCUGUGAGGGGACUGGUGGGGGGCUUUCACAUGGACAUCUCCAUUAUUCCUUUCUUAGAUAUCAUUCCCUCCCCCACAUCCCUCCCUUGGACACUAAACCUGUCCCCUUCUUAGGACUGGCAAAGCCAUUUUGCUACUUGAGGAGAAAAAGUAUUUUCUGUCUCUCUUUGUCUCUCAUACACACAUCUAGUAGGAGGGGCAAAGAGGUGUAUUCUUCCUCAUUUUUUUCCAGUGUUCAAGUGGAGGCUAAAUAGCCAUCCAUCAAGGAUGCUUUAAUCUGGAUGCCCGUGCUGAGCAAGGGGUUGGACUUAAUGACCUAAAUGGCCAUGUCCAACUCUUGUAAUUCAGUUUUACCUCCUUUUCCCUCCUCCAUGCAAGUGAAUAUAUAGUUUUUGCCCCAUUCAUUUGUUUGGAAUGAGAGAGAAAUGGAUUGCAAUCUGAAGAAAGGGACCCACAGCUGCCCCUUGCAUUUUAGAAUCUAGGGCAGGAGAACUUUCCUACGCAGCCUGGAGCCCCAGGAGUUCUGCUAUCCUAGGCAGCCCACCCAUACUGCCUACUGCAUUGAACCAGACUUGCCCACUUCACCUCUUCCUGAAUCUGAUUCUGACAUGGCAUUCCUCUCUCCUGGUUUAUUUGCACAUUGAGUUGGGGUUGAAAAUCCCCCCCACCCCCAAAUUUUCAAAUACUCUUCCCCUGACUUUGCAGUUUAUAAUGUUUUCAUUCUCUUUCCCACCCCCAAAAUAGAUUCACAAAUAUUUGGAUUUAAUACUACCUUUGUUGCAUAAAACUUUAUUCAUCUCAGCUCUAAACUGUUCCUCAAUUUGUAUAGUUCUGGAUUAAGCUCUAGAAAAAGCCCCCAAGGUGAAGAGAAAGGGGAAAAAGUGUGCCUUUAAGUCAUUUUUGUUAAUGCCUUAAUUUCUCUGUGAGUUCAUUUUUCUACCAUCCCUCCCCAGUCCUAUCCCUUCUUCGGUUACCAUCCUAGUUAACAAUUAUCCUAUAUAAAUACGGAAAGGAAUCACAUAUUGUCCCCAGCCCCAAUGCAUGUUUUGGCCCUGAUUCUGCACCAGGCGUGUUCAGAGAAAUCAUGAAUAUCUCACUGGCCUGGGGAUCAUUGUGGAUGAGCGUUAACACACUUUCAACACAGUGCAGUUCUGCGUGACUGCACCAUCACUCAGCUGUGCUUUGAUUUGCACAUCUGAAUUAUGUGUCCUAUUUAUGCCUGCAGUUCUCAAUCUGUCAAGCGAUAUAUGCGAUAUAUGCGUGCAAGCCUAUUUACAAGGAUGGACCUCCUUAGCUGGAUCGUGCUGUGUGUCAUAAAAUCCCUUUUGUAACAAAGGUUUUGCAUAUGUUGACUGUUUCAUGACCAAUGCUUUCUUGACAUUCUCUUUUUUUCGCUAUUUUUCUUCCUCCUUCUCCAUUCUGUCAUUGUUUGAAAGACUCCUUGUCGUUUAUUGUAAAUAAUUUGAUUUCUUGUAUCACUUGUACAAACUCUGUUUUGAUGAAAGUUUGUCCAUUCAUAAAGAAAAAACAAAGCAAAAGAAAAAGGAGAGAAUUCUUUGCUGUUACUUCACCAGCCAAAAAAAGGGAAAAAAAUAGAAACAUAGAGCAAUUUUAGCUUUUAAAAGAAAUGGAUUUAAAGAAAAAAGGUAUAUAAUUUUAUUACAGAUGUAUUAUUUAAUAGUAUUUUUUUAACUCGUACCAAAUCUCCUUUCCUUUGGAAAGUUGCUAGCAGGGAUAAUGAAACAAAGGAAAAGAUGAGGCUUGAUAUUGUUUUCACUAAUUCAGGGCAGUGGGAUUUCUAAGCUGUGUGUGGGAGGGGGAGGCAUUGGGGAGGGGGUAGUUGUGUAGAAUGUAAGGCUGUGACAUAUUUUUAGCUGCACGUAUGGUAACCUUGCCAGGGUCUGUUUUAAGGAUUCCUGCAUUUGUUCAGGUUUAGUCCUCCCAAACGUUCCAAGAUGCACAUGUGUGAGUGAUACUCCUUUCCAGGUUUUCUUAUAAGAUAAUUAUUCUUAUAUUCAUGAUGAGUGGAAGGUCGUGUCUUGACAGUGCUAUGUUUAUGUUUCCCUUCCUGUUUCUCCUUCUGUGACAAUGAAGACCACCGUUUCAACACCAUUUGUUGCCCUGAUUUAUCAAACACAGUGCAUGCCUGAAGAUAGCUUCUUUUCAUCACCACGCUAGCCAAAAGCCUUCUGGUUGGGGAGAGAGAUAGGGAGGGAUGGAGACCUCCUCCAUCAACUUGGUAAUGCACACUUUGUCCCAUCAAGAUCUACUUGUAGCAGCCUGACCACUGCUAGGUACUGUAGUAUCUCUGUAGAAGCACAGCAGAAGCACAGAAGCGUAACCCUUCUGUUGCUCAUUGUAAUGGAUCAUUGUGGAAGUACAUAAAUCAAGCAGGAUAUAAGAGAGGCAGAUACAGGCAUCGCUAAGCUGCUAUUGUUGCUUGCAAUCAGUUACUUGGAUGCCUGGGUUGGGGGAGGAUAUGAUCUCUUCCCCAUGCAGCAGACUUACAUAGCUGUUGCCAUAAGUUGUGUUUCGUGGAUACAGCAAUAAGUAAUCUGUGCUUGGAAAGACAAUAUAGUCAGGAAUGGGCCUCUGCUGAUUUUAGGUACCAGUGUGAUCUCAAGCCCUCCUGUUCUGCUAUAGUUUGAAUGCCCCUUCCCCAUUUGUAUUUUUCCCAAGGCUGUCUUGUCUCCUUUUGGGGGGAGGCUAUGCAGACUUCUGUCCACUAAAGAUUGUGACAUCAAAAAGUUGAACAAUAGGAACAAGUUAGAUUUUGCAACCCACCUCCCAAAAUAAGGUGGGGCUGGAAUCUGUUCAAGAUAUGAGGGACAGGAGAAACUCAUACGCUAUUGAUAGAAUUGUUCAUGCACAUAAAACAAGUUAGCAGUUAAAUCUGCUAACAACUCUGCUAUAAUCGGAUUUGAGGGAAAUAAAGUGAAAUUUAAGUGAAUUUUGUGAUUUGUAUUAGGUGGGAUAGAAAUCAAACCCUCUUCCCUCAUGCUAUAUUUUAUUUAUUUAUUUAUUAAACAAAUGUAUAUGGCUGCCCAACUCUCACACAGUGACUCUGGGCAGCUUACGGAAUUAAAACCUAUAAUACAAAAACCAACGAAUCCUGCCCUCACCCCCCUGGCAGCAACACACUCAGACUAACCAUUUGAUUGGCUCCGUAUCAGCCUGGGGUCCCCAAUCUCACUGACAAAACCAUGUCUUCAGGGCCUUCCAGAAAAGUAUCAAGGUGGGGACCAGUCUUAUCUCCAGGGGAAUGAUAUUCCAUAGGGAGGGAGCCACCACAACUAUUUUGGAUAGUUAAAAGUAUCUAAAGAUCAAGCUGGGCCACUCAAUACAGGAGGCAUGUAGUGAUCCUUAUCCUUUAGCUCAUCAUUUCUGAAUUUCAUUACUUUUAAAAAAAAAAAAUCCAUAUAUACAAGUGUACAUUUGGCAGUGAGGAAUAGCAAGGAAAAUCAAGUUGGGAAGUGAGAAGCAAUAAAUUAUAUCUUUGCUAGGAAAGGUAGCUAGAUGACCUAUACGUGACAUAGGGUACCAUCUUUAGCAUUAAUUAUGUUACAGCAGCCUUCUCCUACUGGGUAUUCUGCAGAUGUGUUGGAAUUCAGUUCUCAUCAUCUUUAGAGGACAUCAGGUUCAGAAUGGGCUACUUAUAGAAUAAUGUCAUGGUUACCAGAUAGCCAGUCUGAACAUCUCACCCACCCCCACUUGCCCCAAAUGGGGAAGCAGCAAAACAAAUGGUGUUGUUAAUGAUAGAACACUUAAGACCCAGGUAGGAUAUAUCACUGCUCUUCCAUCUCUCCAUAUUACCUCUGUAAUUCAGUAGCAUGCACUGUGCAGCCUUCUGCUUACUGUCAACAGAACUGUAAGCAAGUGCCUUUGCCAUUCACACAGUGAUUCAAUUCACACAUUGUACUAAGUUGAAUUGUGAUAUGUUUGGCCUUGGUUGAAUGGGGGGGGUGAAGCAAGCCAUUGUGGUUUGUGAAAUGUGAUUCAUGGCCUACUGCAGGGAUCAGCAACUUUUCAGGCGCUCAGAAAGUAGCUGUCAUUUUUGCUUUGGUACAUCUGUACUGCUCCUUAAAUUAUGCUUAGCCAAAUGUAGAACGCUCAGUAGCUGUAACUCAGUAAUGAAGAGCAGCCUUUUUAACCUGGGACUUCCAGAUGUUUUGAACUUUAGUUCUCAUAAUCCUUUAGCCAGCAUGGCCUGAGUAUUAGGAGAACUGAAAUCUAACGUGUUUGGAAGGCACCAGAUCGGGGAAGGCCUUUCUGCUAAGAGGAGAAUGGUUGCUAGGUCAAGUGGUCUGCUGUUGUUCUUGUCCAAUUGUCGAAAGGUAUUCACCUUCAGUACCAGCCAUCCCAUCCCAUAAUUUCACAUCAGGUUCAUAGUCUAUGACAGAUUGCAUUUCUCUUCUGUGGGGAGGUUUCCUCAAUUAAACUAUAAAAUAACCCUUCUUGGGCAAGGCUGAGACAUUGUUUUCAUUGCUGCAUUCAGGGAGGGCCAAGUAUUUUGUCUAUGGAUUUCAUCAUAAUAGAUUGAAUACAGUAGAUCAGCACAAUCCUAUGCAUGUCUACAGAGAAGGAAACACUGUUGAGUUAUAUAGGGCUUACUCCCCAGUAAAUAUAUAUAAGAUGGUAGCCUAAGUUGUACUGAAAACAAUAGCUCUAUUAGGAGCCAUCCCAGUGAGCAUUUCUGAAUUUUCAAGAUAGCUCAUUGGUUUGACACAGAUGUUUAUAGUAGGCAUUCUUGUAGUUCUGUACCUAAAGUUCUGUGACAUGAGAAAUUUUGGCUUUCUGAAUAUUGUUGGAUUCUAGCUUCUAUGAGCUUCAGCUGCCAAGGAUAAUUUGGGGCAGAAAUUUCUGUGAGUUGUAAGCCUGAUAAAGGCCAAAGCUGAUGGGAGUUGUAGCACCAGAUUCCCCACCUGUUGUAGAAUAAACUACUCCUUAAAAAUGCUAAUACUUUUCCUGUUUGUCCCCGCUGGAGAUGCAGAUAUUUCCUUUAUUUGCACAUUCAUGUACACUUCUUAACAAGUGUUAGUGCAUUUGAUUUAUGGGAAGUUUCUAUACAGUCCUAGAGAUCUGCAGUAGGGUGAAUGCUGGCUUCCGAGACUAUGCCUAUGCCUACAUAAUGACCUAAUACCUUCAGGUUCCCACUUGUACAUGCCAUAGGGUAGUGUUUCUCAACUGUGGCCUCUUUCAGAUGCGUGGACUUCAAGUCCCAGAAUUCCCCAACCAG